CAUGAUGAUUUUUUUGGCAUUCCAAUAACUGAUGUUAAAAUCAUUUUAGAAAUUGUUUCAAAGUCGCUUAAAAAAGUCAGUAAUCACACCCCGACCCCGCACAUAAUCCAAAUACUAACCACACACAGCAUGAUCAAUCGGAAUACCAGCGUCUUGUGAUAAAUAUUGGGACAUUAGUGAUAAUUAUAUGUGGAAAGUUACCGACAAGUCGCUGAGUGAACAAUUGUGCACGAAAUUUGUCCAUCCGAAGGAAAAGAUCGAUUUUUUGUUAUUUUUUUUUCCUCUCACCGGAACGUUUGGCAUUGAAGUGGUUCGGGUUGAGUGUAGUUUUUAACCGAUGUUUUCGGACGAUUGAUGUUUAGUGGUAAAUGAAAAACACCUGAGUCGACUACCGUUGUUUUGAAAUUGGAAAAAGAAAGAAGAAAGAAAAGGACACUGCCGUGUGUGUCUACUUCGAUUCUGUUGGGCAGGCAGUUUACGCGCGGCGAACCGUUUUUUCGAAAGUGUUUACAAAUCCGAUGGACCGUACACAUCAGCUACGCAGACACUAAACUUCCAUUCGAGUGAAAAUAUGUGAAUCAACCGACACUGAACAGCUGACGCGAAACGGCAAACAUUUCGGAACACAAUUUCCUGCCAACCGAAACCACACUGUUGCAAUGUCCGGCCAUAAUCCGCACAAUCGAUUGGGCCAACCGAAUGCAUCGUUCAAUUUGCAAGUGCCAUUCAUUCCCCGACAACCGCAACUCGCUCACGUCCACAUGAACGAUUCGAUAUUGCGAUCGUCCCCGUUGAACUGGCAUCAGUCGGACGCGGCGUUUCUCAAUUACAUGAGCACGCAGCACAAAACGCCGUUGGAUCUGAAUCCGUUUGUACGACCGCCCGUGGCUAAUGCGUUCGGAACUGUAGAUCUGAGCUUUCCAGCACAUCAUAGACAUAAUUCAACGCCGUCACCACAUAAUGUCAAUAAUACUGCGGUGUCGGACACGGCUCCAUUGGAAUUUCCGUCACCAUACUCGUCAAAGUCAAUGUUGAACAGUUCGACCGCUCUUCCAAGUCCGAAUAGCGUGAAAGACGUUAUGAGCAAUGGCACCACCGACAAAAUUGCCAACAAUGGCAGUGAAAAGUUGACCGGUUCGGAUGCAGUGACACCGUCUAAUCUCACAACCGGCUUAUUUGUGGCUCAUCAUCUGAACGAUGCGACCAAGAACAGUGGCUGGAAUUCAUCGACACCUCACAAUGAACCAAUCGAACUGAUCAAGGAGAAAAUACUGAAAAAUUUCCAGGAACUCAUCGAGCGAAAUGCAACGACGGAAUCAUCACUUUUACUAAAUCCAGCCGCUUCCAUAUUGGCCGGCCUACCUCCUAACUCAUCCAUAAACAAUAACACCAGUGCUCAACGACUGGGCGAACUUCCAUCGUCCAAUCACGCCAAUACCUCAAAUAGUCAUAAUACAUCGAGAGACAGCCAAGCGACUACGUCGAACGACGACAGUGUGGACUCGAAUGCUGGCAAAAAACGUCGACGCAGAAAACCGAACAAAACGUGCCGGUUGUCGAACAAUGACAACGGCACCGAUGACGACGAUGGUGGGGUUAAGACUAACAAACAUUCGGACACUUCCACAACCAACGAAUUGCCGAUCGAUGCUAGGCUAGCGGACACUGUACCGAAUGUGAUGAAUAACGGUUCGAAAGUUGGAACUGAAUCGAGUGCAACGGUGAGCAGUGAAUGUGAAAAACAAUUGGCUGGACCACCGCGUGCAUCGUUGGAGUCGUCGCACAGUGUUACUAAUGCAGAUACUAAUGUUACUAAUGAUGGAGCAAGGGAUGGUAGCUCCUCGGCUACCGACAGUCGAUCGGUGGAGUUUUCCUCACCGGUGACGAGAAAGCGUAGAUCUGUCAGUCGACUGAGCAGUCCUAAUGAGAUGAGUCAAGACAAUAAUAGCAACGGUAGCAAUUCAUCCAAUCAACGACGGCCGGGUAAACGAAAAUUGGACGUCGAUGCCGAUUGUGAGACCAUUGACAAGAUAGCGGCGAUGAUAGCAAGUCCCGAAUUUAAUCCGAAAAAUGGUCAGUCGACGCCCGUGCCAACGAGCUCGAAUGUUCCGACGUUGGAAAAUGGCCCUUCGAAAGACGUUACCGAUGCAAAGGAAGCGUCAGCACAGCCGGUUGAUCAGAAGGAUCAACGGUUCGUCGAUGUCGAGAUAAAGCUGGAAGAAAUGUUCGCCGGGAUUGAGGACGACGUCGAUCGAACGAAAGUGAAGAGCACAAAACUGGAAGGUUGCAAAGAGUUGCGCGUGGCCAUCGAAAGUCUUGGUUCACUGGAAGCGAUCAUUCCCAAAAUGGAGAAGAAGAAAAAGGGAAGACCGAAAUUGAACAAGAACACGGCGACCACCUCUUCCGCCGCCUCCGAUGAAACGGAUCACAAAGCUAAAAAGCCCACGAAAAGACUGCCAAAAACGAAAACAAAAAAGGGAAAAGGAAAGAAGGCCAACAGCAAACCCGUCAAGGGCAACUGCAGCACCGGUGCUACGGACAAUAAUAAGAAAACGAAAAUCAAAGAGGAAACACCGGACACCACAUCGAAAUUCCGCGGCCCAUUCAUCCACGUCAAAACGGACGGUUCGUCAAACGUUGUCAACGCACCGAUCACCGAGGAAAUUGCCGAAAAUAAGGCGAAAGUGAAGAAGACGCUCACCAAUCCGAAUCACAACGAUCGCAGUAAAAUCCGUGGCCUACAUGUGAGCACGCUGAGCAUGAAAUAUGAUGCGUCCACAACGGACAAAUCGUGGAUGUGCGUGUUCUGUAAAAUGGGACCGCACAAAUGCGGUUUGGGCGACCUGUUCGGGCCGUACAUUCUGUCGACGACCGGCGAGGACUUCGAACUCAGCCAAAUAGAUCCGGCCGAAGAUGCGUUCAAAAGUAAAAAGACGAAGGCCAACACGAUCCAAAAGCGAACGUUACCAGCGACUGCAGUUGGUGGAGCAGCUCCAACCGGACACAAACGCAAACGCAAGGCCACCGAACCAAUUCCAUCCACAUCAACAAACUCAUCGAUCCAUUCACAAUCCAGUUGUGGCACCGAUGCGGUCGACAUAUUUGAAGGCAUGACCAAAACGACGGACACAUCGUACGAGGUGUGGGUGCACGGUGACUGUGCCGUUUGGUCGAACGGUGUCUAUUUGAUUGGACCGCGAAUCGUCGGUUUGGAUGCGGCCGUAUGGGGCAGUACACGAUACCGGUGCAGUGGAUGCCAAAACUACGGCGCGAUGUUGUGUUGUUUUAAGCGCGGUUGCGGUGAUGUGGCGCAUGUGCCGUGUGCGCGGAAAGCAAAAUGGAAUUUGAGCGAUGAAAAUUUCCAAAUUUUGUGUGAUAAACAUUGCGAGAGAACGGAUAAAAUUGAGACUGUGAAGCAGACGGCGUAGUGUUUCUCGACGGGUUAGGUAAUUUCGAUUGUAAUUUUUUCGCAAACAAAACAAAACCAAUUUUUUUUGAGUUCAAAUUUCUCUCAUUUUAAUGUUUCAAAAUGCGGGCUUGCCACGUCAGCACUCACAUAUUAUUGAACACUCCGAAAAAUGACGCAUGAGAUUUAGCUCCUCCGAAUUACCAAAGCCACUUGACCCAAACUCCGAAUGUUCAACUCACAUUUUUGUUGGUAAAAUUUACCGGCUGCUCGAAGCGUAGCCUAUUACCGUGUCAUUGAUUUCGUGAUCUUUGUUUCGUUACUCCGAAUUUCGUGAGACAUUUAUCGUGAGAUAUUUCAAGGCCUUCGGGGAAUGACUCAAGGACUACUAGUGUUUGAGUCAUUUUUCGAAGAUAAUUUUCUGAUGACCUUUAGUUUCCGUUGCAGUUGUUUCAAACAAAA